AUGAAGUACUCUCUUAUUGCAGAGCUAGUACUGGACACAUCCAAGUUGACAACUGCUAUAUCAGCGAAGAUCGAGAGCACGCCAGACGUAGACGUCAUCAAAAGGCUCAAGCCACUUCGCGUUCCAUGGCACCUCACCGCCGACCCAACUGAGCAGCUUGGCGAGGACGUUGAACUGACGCUUCUCUUCAGAGGAUACAAGGAGAGCGGCAUUGGCCGUGAGCUUGGUGAGGCUGCGCUGGACAACUACAUCCAGACCAAGACAGUCUUGAUCCGUCUCGGUGUCUCGGUGACGUACUCUUGGGUCAAGCAUUGA